AUGUCCCUGGAUGACAUCAUAAAACGCCACAGGAAGGAGCAGACGGAGGGCAGUGCCACGGGGGACCGGCGGCAGCAGCAGGUGAAGAACAGGAACGCGGCGUUUGGGUCCGGGCGGCCCCGAUUCCGCGCCUGGAUGCAGAGGAAUUUGCAAGGGCCUAACCGUUUUAGAAGAGGGUUUGGACAACAACAACACAACCGGAGACAGUUCAGGAACACUGUGCCCGGCCCCAGGAGAAGGGCAGCUGCCGCCUUAAACGGAGUGAGCCCUUUGAAUCGCCAGGCAUCGGCUCAGGAGGGCAACAGGAACGACGAGGCUUUCGCCAAAAGCAGCGGGCAGCCCGAGGGACGGCGACGGCCGCCCCCAGGCCCCAAGAGAUUCCGAGUGGCUGCUGCCAGCACCCACGCCCCGGGGAGAAGGCCUUUCCUGCUGAACCGGGGACCAGCCUUCCAGCAGAAGCGGAUGCCGCAGUGGUUCUCCAAAGCCAACUUUCAGAGAGGGCAGAUGGAUGCUAAUGGAGAAGGGAAACCACCCAGGAGGAGAAGGUGGCAAGUGAAGCCCAGCCCCGGAGCGGUUCUGACGGUUUCUGUGGCUAAUCCCCAGGCGGGCCAGGCCGGCGCGCCCGGAUCCAAGCGGCCGUUCCUGCGAAGCCGGAGGCCCCCACCACCACCAGCCAAGCCCCAGCCCAAGGGGGUGCUGCUGAGGUUCAACUUCCGCGCCAUGGCCAACCAGACCAGCCUGACGCUGGAUGAGAGGUUCUCUGGGCUGAGGAAUAAGAGGCGCUUUACAGCAGCCCGGAGCGCCGGCCGGACGGUCACCAUGCCUUAGCACCACCUGCCCCUCGCAGGGGCUGCCCAAAACAGUCCGGGCCCCGUACCGGGCAGCUCAAUAAAACUUGAUAGAUUUCCUCCGA